CUACUUUAUCAUCCGCGUUUAUCAUGAUACUAGGUUCUUAGAGUUUAGCCUGACGGAGGGGGUUAACCGGUCUAGUUCAAAAGACCAUCCGUCCCUCGCAUCUCCAUCUCUCCUUUGUGCUGCAACUCUUGUGAACACCGCAUAUCUCGCCAGCAUGAGAUUCUUCCCCAAGGCCGGGCAAAGCGGUGCUCUGGGCACGCUCCUGUCUCUCGCCCUCCUAACCCAAAGUCAUUUUGCCACGGCGCAGACCGCACCCAAGGAUGGCGCCGUGUACGACUACAUUGUGGUGGGAAGCGGGCCGGGCGGCGCCGUGCUGGCCGUCAACCUCGCCAAGGCAGGCUACUCAGUGCUGAUCCUCGAAGCGGGCGAUGACAACCCGGGCCAGGGCUUCGGGCGGUACACGCCCACCGUAACAUGGGAUUUCUACGUCAAGCACUACCCGGAGGGCGACCCCCGCGACAACCAGUACAGCCAUCUGACCUGGCUAACCCCCGACGGCAAAUACUGGGUUGGCCAGAGCGGCGCGCCUGCCGGAUCCAAACUCCUGGGCGUCUACUACCCGCGCGGCGCCACCCUCGGAGGCUCGUCAAUGAUCAACGCCAUGGUCUGCUGGCUGCCGAGCGACAGCGACUGGGACUACCACGCCGCCGUCACGGGCGACGACAGCUGGCGGGCCGAGAACAUGCACAAGAUCUUCACCAAGAUCGAGAAGAACAACUACCUGACCCGCGGAACGGCCAACCACGGCUUCGACGGCUUCUUCCAGACGCAGAUGGGCGCCAUGACGCAGUCGAAGCAGCAGGGGCCGCUGCAGGGCAACAAGGUCAUGGCCGCGUACGCGCAGGAUUGGAACCUGACCACCGGCGGCGGUGGCGGGGCCGGCAUGUCCAUGGCCAACCUGCUGAUCCGCGACCCCAACGAGAUCUCCCCGUCGCGCGACCGCACCUCCAGCAUCUACGGGCUGGUCAACCACCAGUACGCCAACGGCAACCGCUACUCGGCGCGCGACUACAUCCAGGACGCCGUGCGCGCGGGAACAACAGCCGCCAAUCUGACCGUCUCGCUGACCUCGCUGGCGACCAAAGUCCUGUUCGACAUUUCUACUCCUGGCUCCUCCUCCUCCUCCUCCAAAUGUUCCUCCGGCGGCAGCACCCCGCGCGCCACAGGCGUGGAAUUCCUCUUCGGCAAAUCCCUCUACAAAGGCGACUCGCGCAGCCGCGCCACCACCAACCCACCACGCAAACUGACCGCGCUGGCCCGGCGCGAGGUCAUCCUCUCGGGAGGCGCCUUCAACUCGCCGCAGCUGCUGCAACUCUCGGGGAUCGGCAACGCAACCGAGCUGUCUAAACUCAACAUUUCUGUCAUAAAGGACCUGCCCGGCGUGGGCCGCGGCCUGAUGGACAACCAGGAGAUGCCCAUCGUCGGGACGGGCCAGGGCGGGAGCGGCAUGGCCGGCGUGGCCAUGUACACCACCAAGAGCACCGCUGCGCGAGGAGGAGGAGGCGGGGAGGAGAGGGAGAGGGAUAUGUUCCUCAUGGGCGGGCAGGGCUUCCUGUUCCGGGGGUUCUGGCCCGAUAAUCCGGUGCGAGUGCCCGCUGAGCCGCGGCAGCCUGUUUAUGGCGUGAGUAUGGUGAAAGGGCGGAGCAGGAAUGAUAAAGGAUGGGUGAGGAUCCGGUCGGCGGAUCCGACGGAGACGCCCGAGAUCAACUUCAACCAUUAUGCGGCCGGAGAGGAGUAUGAUUUGCAGGCGAUGAAGGACACGGUCGCGUGGAUCCGGCGGGUGUAUGCGCGCGUGGGCAUCACCACCGUCGAGCCGCCGUGUGUGAGCGGGGUGGAUGCCGAGGGGUAUUGUGGCAGGGAGGAUGAGGAGUGGAUUUACAAGCAGACUUUUGGGCAUCACCCGACAUCGAGCAACAAGAUUGGGGGCGACGGCGAUCCCAUGGCGGUGCUUGAUUCCAAGUUCCGGGUUAGGGGUGUUGCUGGGCUGCGCGUGGUCGAUGCGAGCGCGUUUGCGCGGAUCCCGGGUGUGUUUCCGGCCGUAGCGACGUUUAUGAUUUCGCAGAAAGCGAGCGAUGAUAUGUUGGCUGAGUUGAGGAAUGGGACGGCGUUGAAGCCGUGCUGA